AUGCGUCACCCGGCGUUGGCGGACUACGUGCACGAAGUCGAAGUGCGUCCUUGUGUGUCCAAGGGCGUGAAGGAGCGCGCUCACUUGGAGCUGAUGGUGCGCAAGCACGGGGAUGUGGACUUGCAUGAGGCCAUUUACCAUCAGAUCCCAGAGGGUGAGAUGCGUGUCGAACUGCCAAAGAAGAAGGCC